AGCAUGUCAGUGCAGUCAGUGCCAAAGGACUGCAGUCUCAAACUCUUUAUUUGGCUCGUGCAUUUGAAGCUGUGAUAACUGUUUUACAAGAGAUUAACUGCACUGCCAAUCAAAAGAGAGAAAAAAAACUCCUACUUACAUUUCUAUUGUAACAUGCCAGGCACGUGGAAUGUCACCAAUUUUGGGCGGGAAUAGGCCGACUUAAAAUGUAGCUACAGCCAACAAAUCAAUGUUCAAAUUAGUCCAGGUUUGAGUGCAUGAGGGAAAAAAGCCCUGAGUCAGUUCUCACACUCACAAAAUGUAUAUCAGACACAGAAGCUGCAAAUAGAGCGCAUGCCAGGGCAUUAUCUAUUUAGUACUGCUAAUUAUUAAUAGAAGACGACUUUCAACAUGGAGGAGAUCACUGAGGUUAUAGCACUUUUCCUAGGUUUUGUAGGCUGGAUAUUAAUUUUCAUAUCACUACAGGAUCAGUAUUGGAAAGAAUCCACCACUGAGGGCAGCGUAAUAACAACCUCCACUAUAUAUGAAAACCUAUGGAUGUCUUGUGCAAGUGACUCAACGGGGAUCUAUAACUGUCGUGACUUUCCAUCCCUUUUCGCUCUCCCAGGCUACAUUCAGGCCUCCCGGGCGCUGAUGAUCGCUGCAAUUGUGUUCGGGACAUUUGGGCUCGCGGCAACUCUCACAGGAAUGAAGUGUUCAAAAAUCGGGGGAGAAAACUACAUCCUGAAGGGGAGGAUUGCUGCAAUUGGAGGAGUCUUCUUUUUACUACAGGGGUUAAGCACCAUGAUUGCUAUAUCUUGGUACGCAGCCAACAUCACACAAGAGUUCUUUGACCAGUUUUAUCCAGGGACGAAGUAUGAGAUCGGAGAGGGCUUGUACAUCGGCUGGUCCUCAGCCACACUAGCCAUCUGCGGAGGCUCAUGUCUGUUGUGUGCUUGCAAAUUCAAAGCAACCGAUGACAAGAUACCGUAUCGAUACCAACAGUCCUCCAGAGGACACGCGCUGUCCACUGUGCAAACGUCUCAGACUGUGCCAAGCAACUAUGGAAGGAAUGCAUAUGUCUGAUUGUUAUUGCACAGGAGGAAAAAUCAAGAAGAGUCAGAAGAAAGUCACCAGACAGUUUGUUUUGAGAGAGGACGAACAGUGUUUCCCAGUCUCAAUGCACAAUGAGAGGGCAGCAGCAGCAGGGAACACACAUUUCUAAUCACAGUAGUACAGUUAUAUGGUGGUAGCAGUGAACUUGAUUCGGGGAUUUAUUGGCUUUAUAUAAUCAUAACCUUUUAGGGGUAUGCAUAUGUGUAGCAUAUGUAAUGUUUAUAUAGUGUUAAAACUGCUUCAAUACUCCAGAAUAUAUGUUGACUAUAUGUACAGUAAGGUCUACUAUAUUAACCUGCUGUAUAUUUUCCAAUAUCUAAUCCUCAGAUAACUUUUAACUGUUUGAGUUCAAGUCUAUACAGUUUGUGUUGUUAUAAAGAGUUGUAAUUGUUUCUUAUGUCCAUGCAUGAAAGGGAAUUCAGGUUGACACAAGCAGAAUUUAAGGGGGGUCUCACAAAAUGUUCAUUACUUUGGACUAACGUAAUCAGCUGCUCUUGAAGGGGGCCUUUUCAGCUCAGGGCCCCUGGCAGCUGCCUGCAACCCUUCAACAUAACAUGUUGUUACUGUGCAACAUAUUCAGAAGAAUCCUGUACCUUUAGAAGUUAAAAGCUCAAACAGAAUCCUCCUCUGUGACAUAAGAUGGUAAAUCCAGAUAUCUCUUGAUCUGGCUCAUCUUAAAUGAGAUAAGUCUCUUUAGAAGAGGUUCCAAUACUUGCUAAUUGAUCGACAAUAAUGAGUCUUUCUGUGACUUCUGACUGUGCCGUGGCCUUGAAGGAAAUAUUUAUUUAUUUUAAGCGGGAAAACGGGCUCUCACCCAGUGUGAUUCAUCCAGUCUGAUUUUAUGAUGAUUGCAAACUUCAGUAGUGGAGGUACAACAAAUAGAAACAUAGUCUUUGAUUGUUCUGUGAAUUUUGAACAUGGUUUGUUUUGUUUGUAAUCUUGUUUUAUACAUAAAAAAAAAAUGUCAGUGACAGUUUGAACUAAACCCUGAGAAUGACAGAGCUCGUUUACACAUCAUCUACCUUAAUCAACACAGAACUGCAUUUACAGCCCUGUUUAAUUGUGUCUUUUCACGUAGAUUGUCAUAAGAGUCCAGAAUGUAUAUCAUACCGAAAUUUUCAAUGCAAAAAAACAGGCUCAAUGUGCCCCCUGCUGGACAGAUAUUGCUACACAUCAUUAAAUCAAUUUGUGCUCUGAUCAAGGUCUUUAGAUUAAAGUUUCUUUAUACAUUCAUAAAUGUUGACAAACAAUAUGCAAACAAAAUGUAGGGAAUAAUGACAAAGCAUAACCACAAAAUCGUAUUUAUUGAUAUCAUAGUAUUAACAAUCAUAAUAGUAAAUCAUAAGUGGGGUACCCAGCUCUAUACAAGUAUGAUUGACUUUAGAUUUAUGUUAAACCAGCAGAAACUAGAACAGUGAAGCUUAUUUUGACAUGGUAUUACAAAGGAAAUGUGUGUACAACAGAAAACACAGAGAACUAGAAUAGCACUUAAUACAGGCUGCACCCAAUUAUACACGCUAAUAGAGAUUACUUCCCAAGUAUUUCUUUUUUUAUCAUCAAGGUGUCUGUAAUAUUUCUGGAGAUAUUGACAAAAGUGUGGAACAACGCAAUAUCGCUAUGGAAAGUGAAAAUAAAAUCCUGGAUCCGCCCA